AUGGCUAGCGAGCAGCCCCACGCGGAACAAAGCAAAGGCCUCAUGGAGAGAGCCAAAGAGACUGUUGUGGCGGCUGGAGAGUCUGCGAAAGAAGCGGCAGUGGAUGCGUACAACGCUGCCAGCGAAGGUGUUGCAAACUUGACUAAGCAACUCAGUGGAGAGACUCACGCCGACACUGCAAAGGACCAGGCACACGAGGCGAAAGAAUCGUGCAAAGAUGCCUGCUCUACUGCAGGAGAGGGCAUUCGCAGCGCAGCGCGCGAUGCUUCACAAUCUAUUUCCAAGGACCCGAAAGUUCAAGAGAAACUCCACUAA